AUGGCAAGAUUCGACGCUUUGUCCCAGGACACUGGGGAUGCCUGGGAUUUUGCAGACGACUACCACGACCAAAUCAUGUUGGUCUGGGUUUCCGGUUUCUGCACUGCCCGUCUACGACCAAAUCAUGUUGGUCUGGGUUUCCGGGUUCUGCACUGCCCGUCUACGACCAAAUCAUGUUGGUCUGGC